UUUCAUUUUUGAUGAAAUUGAGUCACGAAACUGUAACCAUUGAAUUAAAGAAUGGAACACAGGUCCAUGGAACAAUCACAGGCGUAGAUGUCAGUAUGAAUACGCAUCUUAAAGCAGUGAAAAUGACCCUGAAGAACAGAGAACAGGUACAGCUGGAGACACUGAGUAUCCGAGGAAAUAACACCCGGUAUUUCAUUCUGCCGGACAGCUUACCUCUGGACACCCUGCUCUUGGAUGUGGAACCGAAGGUGAAGUCUAAGAAAAGGGAAGCUGUUGCAGGAAGAGGCCGAGGCCGAGGAAGAGGACGUGGCCGAGGCCGAGGCAGAGGAAGAGGGGGUCCUAGGCGAUAAUGUCUCUCAAGACUACUAUUUCAAAGUAGAGGGGAAGGGAGAACUAAUCCAUGACAGAGGAAGAGUAUGUGGCUG